GAUGCAAUUCUGCAACCUUGCAAGAGAGUGUGAUUUCUUGUCUUUACAACAGUUUGGGACCAUCAAAAGCAGAUAUUUGAUUUUUAUUUACGGAUUUUUUAUGCAUAUUAUUUUCUAUACCUAUAUGGCCAUUCUGUGUUCUUAUGUACUCUUAAAACCGAUGGCCAAUUUGAGAGUUAUCGUUGCUUAUAGCCAAGAGGCUCCAAUUGUUACAGUGUUUCCUGAUGGAGGAACCAUCAACCAACAAUUUGAGCCGGUUUUAGAUCCAAAUCUAGCAAAAAAUACAGUGCCCGUUGAUACCCAAUCAAAUUGCCGAAGCCACAUCAAACAGAAGAUGAACAAUACAGAAAAUUAUGCGACAUAUGUGGAUGUGGAUAUUGAGAAAGGGAAGUUGGAGGUUCCUAAAGCUAAAUGUGCCGACGAAACUGCUGGUAGUUUAAAGAUGGAAGAUUCUUUAGUAAGAAUACUGCAGAGAGAAAUUACAUCGCAACUGGGAGGAAAGUUCAUGCAGCUGUUAAUGAAUAACAGCCUUGAGUUACCCAAGUUAAUUUCUAGAGAUAAAUGCGUGAACGAGAAAUCCUAUGAUAUGUCUACCAACAGAUUGAGGAAAUACAAGCGCUCAGCCUCUUUCAAUUCAAGAAGAGUGGUUCUCCUGUUCUCAAUUCUGUCGAGCAUGGGGACACUCGUACUAAUAUAUCUGACGUUGAGAGUUAAACAGAUCGCUGAAAGUGGUAACGUGUGAUUGAACUUUUUCUUCGGCUGCUUUGCACUAUCUGUAGUAGAAGAGGCUUGUUAGUUGUUAGGAAUUUUUCUUUUCCCCCUUUCACUUUUUUCUUGUUCAGUGUUUUCUUUUUUAAGGUAGGUUUUUCUUUUAUUGUAUAUAUAAUAUAAUAUAAUUCGAAUUUGAAAUUCAUGUAUUCAAUAAUUCUACACUUUUUCGGUGUUCCCUUGUAGAUAAUAAGCUCAUAAGCUAUCGGAUGUGCC